AUGUCAGUCCUAGCCUAUUAUCUGAGAUCCAGUCAGACGAGAGAUGGCUAGCGACCUGGUGGGAAGUGCCGCGGCCGAAGUAGAUGAAAAAGUGAAUUCAUCAGAACCCGAUUUGGAUGACUUUCCAGACCGCAGUGGUCACCUCCAGAAGAGACAGGCUCGGGUGACGGUGAAGUACAACAGGAAGGAGCUGCAGAGGCGGCUGGACGUGGAGAAGUGGAUCGACGAGUCCAUGGACAAGCUAUACUUCGGCAAAGAGGUGGACAUGCCGGAGGAGGUGAACAUUGAUGAACUGAUAGUAUUGCCCAAUGAUGAAGAGAGAGUAAAAAAGUUGCAGGAUCUACUUCAGAACUGCACAAACAACACCAAGGACUUCAUCCAGGAGUUGGUGGGCAAGCUGGAGGGCCUCCAGAAGCAGAACGACCUUCAGAGCGAGGGCAUCGAACACCCGGUUAUCUCCCACAGCCACUACCGCCACGAGCCCUACCACUUCAGCAACAUGCACCAGCAGAACCAGCAUAGCCGAAGUCACAACCAGACCCUCUGAACUCGGACGCCGUGCCCACACUGACGUGGCCGUCUGUGGCUGUCGUGUGAAUCGAUAAUGUUAGGCUGUGUGGGGCAGCCAUCAGGAUUGUUAACCCUUUUGGAAAAGGUCAAGGAAAUCCACGACUGAAGGAGCACUGUGUGAGAUUAUGCUGGUCUAUCUGUUUAGAAGGGAAGGCAAUGCCCCAGUUCAGUUUGCCAUAAAUGUUUAUGCCUUUUUCAGAUUACCUCAGUUGUUGUUAAUGUUACCACUUAGAUUGAACAUCAUAGGCGAAUAAACAACAUUAUUCUAUCCUGUUAUUACAUUAUUGUUAUCAUGGCUAUAACUCUUGGCUUGUGUACUUGUAGUUGUGAAUGUCCAUAUAAAAAACAAGCAAUAUAGUAAAAUGAAAAAAAACGAAUAUUUGCAACAUAUUCUACUGACAUGUUCUGUUCUAUAUCUUACACAUUGCCCCAGACAACCUUAACCUUGUUAAAGCUGAACUAAACUAUAAAAAGUCUUUGGAAUGCAAUAAUGUAACUUAACACUCAAGGAACAUAGACAAAUGUGACAGCAGAAGCACCGUUAACGACAUUGAAGUAGAACAGCAUUCAUGUGUCUUAUGUUAAGCUUAUAAACCCUUGGGAUAUAUGAUAGCUUGUUUGACAAACUUAAACGAGUUCUGGUCAAUUACCGGAAUAUGAAUGAAUGUUGCACUGUUUGAAUAACCUUUUUAUUGGAACCUCAUUCACUCAUCUACCAACCGUCCAAGAGGUGUGUUGUACGCUUACAUCCUUCUAGCAAUAAUAAAAUAUGGAAACCCCUUUUA